GGCCAUUCAAACCAUCAAAGCCCGUUCGGUGCCAAACAUUCAAACAAGCCAGCGUGCCCUGCCCUUUCCCUUUUCCACAUCUCCCGAGUUUCGAGUCCCUCCAUUGCUUCGACCACGACGAGCCACAACAACACUUUGCCACUCAUCGCCGACCCGUCUGCCGUUCCGAGAAUUCGAAACGCAGCAAUCAGACGCCAGAUCUUGUAUACCAUUCAUAGGACGGGACCCGCCCCACUCAAGAGGCUGGAAUCGAGCCUAUUUGUUUUCCUCCCCCUUUGAACCAUGCGCCGGGACCUGAUAGCACAGAGGGUCUAGCUUGUCUCGUGGAGUCUUCUCCCCAUUGAGUGCUUGCUUGCUGCUACAUACUGCCGCUGCUCCCACUGCCACCGCUGUUGACGGCGCGAUUGGUGACGGCAGCCGUUGCCUCCACCGGCUUUGCACCAAAAAGGCCGGUCAUGAAACUGCGGCCACUGCUUGUUUCUACCACUCACCAGCAUCCCCAGUCUCCCAAGUCGUGCCCGUCUCUCCUGCGCCCAGCCUGCUAGCACAAACCAGCCGGGAAGGUUUUCAUCAGAGCCACUUGUCUGUGUUUCAGAAAGGCCCGUACCCAACGCAAGGUACCCGACGCCGACUUACAGAGGUAGUAGCCACUCGGCAUUGCUGCUGAGCCUCAAGGGUCUUCGUGUCCGGAGGGGGCCCGAGAAGCAAACGUCUCCCAGUUAUUCGAAGCCUUACCAAGUCCACACCUGUAGUUACACAUACACACACAACAUGCGCGCGCCCUGGCUCGGAUCUUGACACUGAAGAAGAAGAAGCAGCAGCAGAAGAAGAAGAAGAGACAGAAAAGAAGAAAAGUUACAUCCAACUCGUUACAUCUUCAAGACUCGCCUCACUUUCCUUUUGAGUUGUCAUGAGAGGGAAUGUUGAUGCUGGGCCGGUGGUGCCCAAUAUGGUUCACUCUGAAGCCGACUAUGUCAUGGUUCGAAAUGCGGAUGGAACGGAAAGCCCACAGCGCAUUUUCAGAAGGCACAAGGUUUUGCCCCGUCCGGGUACAGCGUCGUCGACUGGUUCGCGAAGCUCAAGUCCCGCUCGACCUUCGCGGCCUACCCAGCUACGGCGGUCAAGACAUCGACCAGCCGGCCCCGAACCGCCGCCAACGCCGCCUGCUCAUUCACGUGCCUCGUCGUCGGCCAAGUCGAUGAAGUCGAUAGACCAGUCAAGCCCAACAAACUCGGGCAGUCCGCUGCAAAGCACAGAUAAUGUCCAGCAUGUUGAGCCACGUCUCCCGACCACGCCGCCGAACCAACGUACUCCGCCAACUCCGAAUCUGACUCCUGAAAGAAUUCCUCCGCCCGCUCCAGAACCACCCAGACGGCCUACCAGGCCCCAGCUACAGGUCCAAACUCAGGCCCAGGCCCAGGCCCAGUCUCAGUCUCAGUUCUUGGCCCAGUCCCGGCCCCGGCCACGGCUCGCUGUCGGUGGUCGGAUGCCGUCCAAUGCGACAACGAUAGACUCAAGAUCGGAAUCCUUCAAAACAGCGCCUGAAGUCCCUAUCACUCCAGGAAAUGAAGAUACUGUGCGGCCCGAGAUAUCGUCGAGAAGAACAUCGCAAAGUACCAUUCGUCAGGCUAACAGAGGAGCCAAGUUGCAACCGCAGACUGUAGGUUUGGGCAUUGAUAUCGGGGUAAAUUCAAGCGUUGGAGAUGGAUUAACGCCAGCAACAGAGAGGGAAGUUCAGCUUGGGCGAGACGCGUACGACGGCGGGUGGGGCGGCGAGGAAACGCAGGGAGGGAACUUGAAUUCUGAUGAAGACGUGGAAGAGGAAUGGGACGAAAACUUGGAAAGGAAUGUGAUUGUCAGCAGGCGACGUGCUGCACCCGCCUCGAAUAACACCAAGGACCGCAACUCAGUGUUUAUGGGACCACCGACCACCACGACAGUUACACCAACAACCAAUGCGACAACGAUAGUACUGCCUUUGCGCGCCAUGAACCUCGAGGAACAGCAACGGGGCCUCCCUCUCUCGGAGCCAUCCACGAGCGGGGACACACGGCGCUUUUCUACGACCUCGAACCAGUCCGGCACAUCCACAAUUAUGGGCACAAUAGUCGUCGGUGAUGACACGGGUUCUCAGCGACGCAACACUCUCCGACACGUACGCAAGCCUACUCUGCCUCUGCGCGAUUCCGUUUCCGAUCUUGCUCCAUCAACUACUUCUUUUGUUUGUACUCCGGCUCCGGCUUUGGUUCCGGCAUCAGAUGUGUUCCAACGCCGACCGCCACCGCUAGAACCAAAGUCGGGUGCCGCCCCCCGCGAAAGCUAUUUUUCCACCACUUCGAUCUCGAGCCGGAAAGCCCGAAGGGAUGUGUGGAAAACUGGGUCAAUUCCUGUGGUGAUUGUCCCAGAGCGUCGAACCUCUCUCAAGUCCAACGGAAGACCUCCUUCUCUCCGGUCGAUGAGCAGUCGGAGAUCGCGGCGAAGCCAGAGUCUGAGCUCUGUUGGACGAUCGUAUGCAUCCGCAAGCAACUUUACGAUAGACAUAUAUAUGGACCAGCCGCGGCGCAGCCGGACCAUCUCUGAGUCCGACAGAUCUCGAGCCGGCGACCCACGAACGGCCGAUUUUCCGCCGUAUAUUCCUAAACGGUCAUCAUCUCUUUCCGCUCCUACCAGUCGCAACGUGUCGAGGACCGGCUCUCUCACCGCCGAAAGCCUCCGAGCUCAUGACGCGCUUUAUGAGCAACACAAGGCUUCGCAGACGGUUGAACGGGCAGUGGAGAGACUACAGAGGGAAAAGCGACCGCCUCCGAAGCCGGUAAAUACCUCCAGACACUACCGCAAGACGGUUGACGGAAAUGAAUUGGAGCCAGAGCGACGCCAAUCUGGAACUAUCAAUAUCAAGUUCUCUCCUUCCAUUCAGUCAAGCAACUUUGACAACAGUGACCCGCGAACGCCGCGUAGCUUUCCUGCUGAUCACAAUGAUGAUGGAGGUCCUCGUCAUAGCUACGAAUACAACAAGAGGAAUUCCGUCCAACACACACCUUUCUCGCAAGCCUCUGUAGAGACGGGCGCCUCACAUGCCGAAGUGUCCGAAGCAAGGGCGAUAGUCAUGCACCAGCAUCAGAACACGUCUGUGAUGCUUGUAGACAACUCGACCAAGCCGUCCAAGGCCUCUUCGUUGGAUCGUCAGAGGUCUCCUCCAACGGCCACCCCCGCCAUUGCCGCAACAGAUGCCGAAGGAAACCCCCUAACACCGCCACAGGACCUCUCGAGGGAAGAUGCCAAUUUCUCCCCCUUGAGGAACCCGAGAGCACCCCCCAAACCGCCGCCGGCCAUCAACUUCAUCCCGGCAACGCCUUCUGGCCUGACACCUACUACGGAAAGACAGAAGGAGCUUGGGAAUUUCUACGAUGACAUGCCCGAGUCAGACGAGCCCAAACCCGAGAGCGGAUUCGCCAUGCUCCGCCGGAAGCUGAGCCGCCGCCGAACCUCCGAGACAACUGGCACUCGUCCGGGUUUCCUUACUCGCACAUUUUCCUUGUCAAAGUACACCAAAAAUUACGAGUCAGAUGGUGGCAGCAGCGGUAGGUUGAAGAGACCCCACCUGAAGAGGUCCUUCACGGCCGAUGACGCCCCCGUCGAGCCAGACAAACUGCAUCCCGACUGGCGACCAUCCUACCAGUCUGAUUUCUCCGACAGCGGAAGUGAAGACGAGGAGCACUGGGACUACCCACCCAUCGACAACCGCCCCCAACGGCCCGGUCUGGUGCCCAAGCGGAGCUUGAGCCAGCGGAUGAAGAAGGCAUUCGCCAUCAUGCCCCUGCGCAAUGGCUCAAAGUACGACGCCACAUACUCAACAGACAGCGGCGACAUGCCCGAACGGGACAAGCGGACCAUCCGACGCACGCCGAGCGGUAACCUGCGGGUCAUGAAGAUCCGGCAAAGCCUCGAGUCUAUGGCACAGUCCAUGGCACGGCCAUCCAUCUCGUCCGAAAGACCUACCAGACCGUCCAUCUCCUCGCCAUCGGAUACAUCCCGACCGUCCAUCUCUACCGAAGCACCUCCUCGACCAUCCAUCUCGCCCGACUCAAGCUCAACUCGGCCCUCUAUGUCAUCCGAAAACCCACGCUUCUACCCGCCCCGCGUCCGUCGAAACUACGGUGCUCUCUUCCAGCGCCAACGACCACCUCCUCCCGCUCCUGCCAUGUCAGCAGCGCCACCCCUCACCCCCUCAUCUGUAUCCACCUUUGCGACCGGCCACUCUGUAUCCCCACCCAUUACUACUACGGCCGCGCCUGUACCACCGCCCGUGAAAAGACGCGGCAGUCUUAGCGAGAAGAUUAUACCUGUCUUGAACGAAAAGGUCAACAUUGUGCGGAGGAUGAGCGAGAAGCGGAAGGAGAAGAAGAGGGAUGAGAUGCGGAAGACAAUAAGUCACCCAAGAGUUGUUAGGGACGGGUUGGGGGAGGUGAUCAAGCAUGAUACAGGGAGAGAGAUUUUUGCGAUGAGUCAGGGUCAGCCUCAGCCGCAGCAGGGACAGGGGCAGUCACCGCCUGCUGUCAGGGGGUCGCCGCCUAGGUUAGGGAGGGGGUCACCUAUCUGAAUUUGUUCAAGAUUUUGGAGUUGAUUGGGCAUGAGAAACACAAAUGCACGAAGCUGUCACCAGAGCUGACAAAAAAGAACCACCAACGCCACGAAAACAAAGAAGACAAGAGGUCACAGAAUCAUGUUGAUCAUGAAUAUACCAAAAGAAGAAGGAUCAUGGUUACGAUACGAAUUUGUUAUGCGGUACGAAACGAAACAACUGAAUCAACAAGAAGAGAACACGGCAAUGAGAGUAUGACCUGAUGAGACCAGGAACGAAGACACCUACACUCAUACACACCCACAUACACAUAGUACCAACAUCCAUCAUCCAAAACGGCAACACUCCUUUCUUUUUUUUUUCUCCUUUUCUCUCUUGGGCAUGUCUUCCCUUUUUGUUUUCGAAGGGCGGAGUUCGAUUUCACAAAACAUUGCUACAUAUACCACUUCUCUCAUCGUUGUCUUGUAGCUCGCUCCUUUCCACGCAUUUUCCUAGCCGUUCAGCGCUUACCCUAGGUGCAGGGAAAGCGACGACAAAACAAGAACACUACUUGCAAUCUAGCAUAAGGGAAGAACUGGGCGAGCGGGCGGGCUGUGAUUUUUCAACGUUUACAUACCU